AUGCCAGCUUAUAAACCCAAGGACGAGCCGACAGACGAAACAAAAGAUGAUAUUGCUACAAAGCCCACACAAACUACGACUCACGAUGUCGUGUUUGGAGAAAUCACAGAAGACGGGCCAAACUACCGCAAUGUUGGUUUUCUAGGAACUGUGAUUCUGAUGAUGAAGUCUCAGAUUGGAUUGGGAAUUCUCUCCAUUCCGAGUGCCUUCGAUGCCCUGGGGAUUGUUCCAGGCGUGAUUUGCCUACUUGCCAUCGGUGGGAUCACUACGUGGUCUGAUUAUGUGAUUGGUACCUUCAAACUAAACCAUCGGGAGGUUUAUGGUAUCGAUGAUGCUGGAGCCUUGAUGUUUGGCCCAAUUGGUCGUUGGGUGCUGUCCGUUGUAUUCUGCCUGUACUAUAUAUUUGUCAGCGCCUCUGGUAUACUUGGAAUUAGCAUCGGGUUAAACUCGGUUUCUACUCAUGGUAUAUGCACUGCGGCUUUCGCUGCCAUUGCCGCCAUACUUGGAUUCGCUACUAGUAGUGUGAGAACACUGGGUCGUAUCACCUGGCUUGCAUGGGUCGGCUUGCCAUGCAUUCUCGCGGCAGUUCUGACCGUGUCUAUCGCCGUUGGCGUCCAAGACCGCCCUCCCUCUGCACUGCAGACUCGGACGCCCUGGUCCUCGGAUUUCAAGAUCAUUGGUAAUCCAUCCUUUGUCAAGGGUAUUACCGCGAUCUCUAAUCUCACAUUUGCGUUCUCGGGCACACCUGGGUUUUUCGCUAUUGUAUCGGAGAUGCGCAACCCUCGCCAAUACACACCAGCCUUGCUUAUCUGCCAGGCCUGCGUGAGUUCCAUCUACACAGCCAUUGCCUGCGUUAUUUAUUACUACUGCGGCUCCUAUGUUGCCUCGCCAGCUCUGGGCUCAGCUGGCGGGGUGGUGAAGCAAAUUGCCUAUGGCGUUUCCUUGCCAGGGUUGGUCGUUACCACGACGAUUGUCAUACAUAUACCUGCAAAGUACAUCUUUGUCCACCUUCUCCGUGGAUCUCCACAUCUGAAUAGCAACACCCCAACUCACUGGCUUUCCUGGCUUGGUUGUACCUUCACCGUCACCGUGAUUGCGUACAUUAUUGCCAGCACAAUUCCUGCCUUUGAUGCUCUGGUCUCCCUAAUUGGAGCCUUGCUUGGAACGAUUCUAUGUUUCCAACCUUACGGUUGUAUGUGGCUGUAUGACAAUUGGGCUACGGGUAGAGACAAGUCGAGAACGUGGCUGCCCAUGGUUUGCUUUAGUGUCUUCGUGAUAGCAUUUGGAUGCUUUUUGACAGUUGCUGGCACCUAUGGAACAGUAGUUGGGAUUAUCAACUCCUACGCCGAGUCCGGCGGGUCGGCUGCUUUCUCUUGUGCGGACAACUCAAAUUCUACUUGA